AUGAUUGUGAUCCGAAUGCACGUUGCCUGGAUCGUGAACCAGCUAUUCACGGAAUCAGAUAUCAGUGUGUUUGUAAAGCAGGCUAUAAAGGAACCGGUACAAAAGGUGGAUGCGCAGACCGCUACUGCUAGUCUACANGCAUUAAUUCUUCAACAAACAGUUAUAGAUGUUGAUGAGUGUUUGGAAGUGUUCAACGCAUGUCCACUACCGCAUCAAAAAUGUGUUAAUACUAUCGGAAGUUAUCAAUGCGGUUGCGAGAAAGGCUUCAUUAAGCCACCAGGUAUGGAUGCGUGUGUUAACAGGAAUGAAUGUGCUGAUGGAAGUGCACAGUGUCCGUUGAUGAGUCAAUGUGUUGAUCGUGUUCCGGGAUAUGCGUGCGAAUGUCUUCCUGGAUUCCGUAAGGUUACAAUCAAUGGAACGUUCAUUUGCGAUAAUAUCAAUGAAUGUAAGGAAGGAAUUGGUAUACGUCACGUGUCAGCCUGUGAUCCUGAGAACGGUAUUUGUGUGGAUACUUUCGGCAGCUAUCUGUGCGACUGUGACGCCGGCUUUGUCAAAUCCAAUGAUCUGAGGUCUUGUAUUGGUUAG